UUUUGAGACAUCAACAUGGAUCGCGGCAGUAAUCGAACCGUGCUACUCGCUCUACUGAGUGUUUUGCUUAUCAGCGGCUGUCAAGGUGGAAAUAUACUCGGAGUAUUUACGAGUCUAAGUCCCUCGCAUUUGAUUAUACACAUGUCGAUGGCAAAGGUUCUGGCUGAAAAUGGGCAUAAUGUGACCGUAAUAACGGCUCUCAAACCCGUCGUGAAUCACAAGGAUAUCACUGUAGUGCAGGUUCCUAUGAGCGAGGAGGAUCACAAACACAUGAGUGCAACAAUUGCCCAAUUUGCCAGCCAGGACAAUAGCAAUAUGGUUAUUACCAUGUUCCGUUCAAUGGGACAAAUGAAAUUUAUGAUGGACAAGAUGCGUGAUAUAAUGAAAGAUCAGCGUGUGAAGGAUCUUUACGAGAACAAGGACAACAAGUUUGAUCUCGUUAUGUUGGGAUACUUUCUUAACACAUAUCAAUUGGGAAUUGCGCAUAAAUUAAAAGCUCCCGUUGUUGUAGCAGCCUCAAUGCCGCCCAACGAAAUAUUUAACACUGUUGUUGGCAAUCCAUCAGUUGCAUCCUUUGUGCCGGCAAUGAAUAUGGCAGUCGAAAGAGGUCAAAUUAUGACAUUUGUGCAACGAGUUCAAAACUUUCUUACGAAUAUUGCAAUGAAAGUAUUUUUUGCAAUUCUGGAGAACUAUAAUGCCAACUCAUAUAAAGAGAUAUAUGGCGACGAUCCGACUAUGCCCCCCUUUGAAGAGAUUUGCAAGAAUGUGUCGCUGGCAUUCUUCAGUUCUCAUGCACUCAGUGAAGGACCCAUCAGACCCAAUGUUCCAGCAGUUAUCGAAGUAGGUGGCAUUCAGAUAAAGGACAAGCCGAAUCCGUUACCCAAACAACUUGCUGAGUUCCUAAGCAAUGCUGACAAUGGUGCUAUUCUGCUCUCGUUGGGAUCCAAUGUGAAAAGCUCACAUUUAAAAUCUGACACAAACAUCAAAAUUUUCAAUGUACUGUCGAAGCUGAAACAACGAGUUAUUUGGAAAUGGGAAGACCUCGAUAAUACUCCCGGCAAAUCGGAGAAUAUUUUAUACUCGAAGUGGCUGCCUCAAGAUGAUAUUUUGGCUCAUCCUAACAUUACACUCUUUAUCACACAUGCUGGAAAAGGAGGCAUAACAGAGGCGCAGUAUCAUGGAAAGCCAAUGUUAGCGCUUCCCAUAUUUGGUGAUCAACCUAGCAAUGCUUUGAGAAUGGUAAAAGAUGGAUUUGGUCUCAGUUUGAGUCUGCUGACUCUCGAAGAACAGCCCUUCAAGGAGAGUCUGACUGAACUCCUGGAGAAUCCUCAGUAUUCACAUAAAGUAAAGACUUUCUCGGCUUUAUAUAGGGACAGACCUAUGUCUGCUCGAGAAAGUGUUCUUUACUGGUCCGAGUAUGUGAUGCGUCAUCAUGGAGCACCUCAUCUGCAGAGUCCUUUGAUGCAAAUGAACUUUAUUGCGUCUAACAACUUGGAUGUGUUCGCAUUGCUUGUAACUGUAUUAAUUGUUUUUAUCUACAUUAGCAAGUUCGUGUUGACUGUGGUAAUCAGAAAGUUAAAGGGAAAACCGAAAAAUACUGAUAAACUAAAAAAGCAUUAGAUUUAAGAGCCUAUAAAUUACGUUAAGUACGUGCAACUCAAAACAUCACGAAAUAAUUGAAAAGUACACUUUUAAUAUCAA